AGGAUAUACAUCCUAUCCACGAAAGAGGGCAAAGGAAAACUCAACUAGUGCGGCAGAAAAUGGCGUCGCCAACGCGUUCCGAAGUGCUUUCACUCUUCCGCUCGCUUCUGCGGGCGGCUCGUGAAUUCACAGACUACAAUAUAAGGGAGUACGUCAAGCGUCGCACCGUCCACGCCUUCCGCCACAAUCGCAGCCUCUCCGAACCGACGGAGGUUGCCGCCGCCUUCGCCGAUGGAAAGUCGCAGCUCGGCGUCGCGAAACGGCAAGCUAUCGUCUACUCGCUUUACGCGCCCAGCGUCAAAAGCGUCAUGGAGAUCAAGAGCGCGUGAUCGUCUACGCAGAUUGCUUGCUUACUGUAUGAUUAGGAUGACUAGGAGAACAUAUAUUUAGGUGAUUUCGUAGUGUUUCUUUUUAUGUUCUGAAUUCCUUCCUUGGCUGUUGAACUUAUCGUUUUUGUCGAUCUGAUUAAUCUGCGAGACUGGUAAUGAUUAUUAAUCCUUGGAAUUAUUGGGAGAACAGUUGUAUUCAGUAUAACAUUCUUCUUGUUUGGACUUC